GCUGAAGUGAAACUGCAGCCGGUUUUCUGCCUGGUUUGUUUUAACUUCACUGAACUUGAUGCCCCGUCCACAAAUAACACUUUUUGUUUACUGACGGAGCCGGUGUGCAGGAUAUUCUCCUGUUUCUCUCAUUUUAAUGCACCCCUUAAAACAUGUCAGACUGUGAUUCUUCCUGCCACUCCCAUGAGAAGAAUAGCAAGAAUUACCACCUCUGUGAAGGAAGUGAGGGUUCAGAGGAUGGAGGCAGGAAGCUGAAGAGGAGAGAGAAGAACAGAGUUGCAGCCCAGAAGAGCCGGAAGAGACAAACACAGAGAGCUGACCUUCUGCAUGAGGCCUGUGAACUGUUGGAGCAGAGGAACAGAAACCUGAAAAGAGAGGUGGAUUCUCUGUCCGAAGAGCAGCGCCUGCUGACCGACGCACUCAGGGCCCAUGAGCCUUUUUGUCCCAUCAUGCACUGCUCCUUUGCCUCCUCCUCAACCUCGGCCAGCAUGCAGCCUGACACCAUGGCAGCCCGCUCGGUCUGAAGCAAGUAAUAAUGUUUCUGAGCACAGUGAUCAGAGUAACUUGUUAUUUAAAGCUACUGCUAUGUAAUGCACCAGUAAAACCCCUGGAGGGCACUGUUCACCAUGAUCAGAGAUAAAGUGGUGCUUAAACAGGCUGAGGUGCUGCUGAACUCUGGUGGCAACACUUGUAAUCACAGUGAAGAGUGUCCUCUGGUGGUUAAACCUUUUACACCCAGCUCAUGUCCAUAAAUGUAAAUACAGUCAUAGAUUUAUAUCACACUGCAGCCUAACAUUUCCUCCUCCACCUUCUGAUACAUGAAUUCUUCCAUUAGCUCAUUUGUUCUUUGCUAUAUGAGUGCAUGGCAAUUGUAACAAAGCACCAAAUACAUAUUUUCCAAAAAAUAAAAAUAAUUUAAUAAAAA